AUGCUCACCGGUGGCGCCGUGCAGCGCCUGUUGAUCUACCGCAAUAAGGUGAAAUAUGAAGGAGCGCCGGCCCCACAUGUCCCAGCCACGGUGGGGCUGACCCUCCUGCAAUGGUCCACCCAAAUCCGAGGACACCUGGCACUCCCGUCAACCAUGGAUGAGGAGCGCGAGCGCCUCAAGACCAUUUUGCGCCGACUUGGGGAGCAUGCUACCGCGGUUUUUGACGAAAUAUCCCUUUCACUUUUCGGUCAAUCCGGUCCGCACUUGGAGUCGUUUGCAUGA